AUGGGCCUAGCGAUCUUCGGACUGGGCCUGAGGGGUAGCAAUGCCUUCUUGAUAGCAGGUACACACGCCGUCGUCUGGGAGGGUGCUGCUGCGUCGGCUGUCUCUUCAUACAUGAAGCAGUCAGUGCCAGGCGAGGAGGAGAAGAGUAUCAGAUCUGUACAUCUUUAUAACAAUAUAACACCAUUCGAAGCGCUCAACAUGGAAGUCGACGCCGCAGGCUCAGCCAAAGCGGAAGGUCGCAUAGCACGAGGCGAUGUUGAUGCUCAGGAUCUGGCUGCCUUGGGCCACGAGCAGCUGCUCACCCGGAAAUUCAGCCUCGUGAGCAUGCUUGCCAUGGCCUUUUGCGUUCUCGGAACCUGGGCCGUCUUUGCGCAGAACCUGUCCGCCGCCCUCGAAACCGGAGGUCCCGUCAGCAUCUUCUGGGGCCUCCUCCUCGUUCUCUUCUGCAACGUUUGCAUCGCCUUGUCCCUGGGCGAGAUGUGCAGCAGCAUGCCCACUGCGUUGGGGCAGGCGUACUGGGUCUCUCGCCUCUGGGACACGCCCUCUGGGAGGCUGCUUUCCUACAUGUGCGCCUGGACGAACACGUUCGGCUGGUGGGCCUUGACGGCGUCGCAAAAUGCCUUCAUGACCGAGCUUCUCCUCAGCAUGAAGGUCAUUUUCGAUGUUGACUGGCCGUGGGCGACCCGUGGCUGGACCCUCUUCCUGGUUUACAUUGGCAUCACUCUAUUCUUCAACGGCUUCAACCUGAUUGCAUGCCGUAGCGACAAGACGCUACCUUACUUUAACAAUGGAGUCGGCGUUGGCUUCGUCGCUCUCUUCGCCGUCAUCAGUAUGGCACUACUCAUCUCGGUUGGGACGAAACCAGACUUGGAAUUCCAGCCAGCAUCCUUCGUCCUGGGAGGUUGGACAAAUACGACUGGCUGGUCCGAUGGAGUGACAUGGUUUGUCGGUCUUAUCCAGUCAGCAUAUGGUCUUACCGCUUUCGACGCCGUCAUCCACAUGGUCGAGGAGAUGCCGUCGCCCCGUCGUGACGCCCCUAAAGCCAUGUAUCUCGCCGUCAUCUGUGGCGCAGCCUCGGGGUUCAUCUUCAUGUUGGCCACGCUGUUCAGCAUCCAAGACUUCGACACUGUCCUCGACACACCCACUGGCUUCCCCUUCAUCCAGGUUCUCGAAGAUGCCCUAGGCCGAACAGCAGGCACCGUGCUCGUCGCCCUCUUUAUCGUGAACGGCUUCGGCCAGGGCAUCAGCGUCAUGACCUCGGCGUCGCGGCUGACCUGGGGUUUCGCCCGCGACGGCGGCCUCCCCUGGGGUUCGUACUUCUCCCACGUGGACCCGACCUGGAAGGUGCCCGCGCGCGCCCUCUGGCUGCAGUGCUUCAUCGUCUGCCUCAUCGGCGUGCUCUACACCUUCGCGUCGACGGUCCUUGAGGCCGUGCUCGCCGUCAGCACCAUCGCCCUGACCAUCUCGUACGCCAUUCCCAUCUCCGUCCUGCUCUUCGUCGGCCGCGACAAGCUGCCGCCGGGGGACUUCUCCCUUGGCCGGCUCGGCCCCGUCGCCAAUUGGGUGUCGCUCGUCUACUGCGCCAUCACGACCGUCUUUUUCUUCUUCCCCAGCUCGCCCAACCCCUCGGCCACCGACAUGAACUACGCCAUCGUCGUCUUUGGCGUCAUGCUGCUCGUUUCCUUUCUGUUCUGGGUCGCCAGAGGGCGGGUCACGUACCUCCGCACCCAGGGCUCGGCGGAGCGUGAUAUUCAGGCCCGGCGUUGGGAGAUGGAAAGCUAUGACGGGCUCGCGGUGGCCGAGAGCCAUGCGCUGGCCUCAAAGUCGAGCCAUGUCGGGUUGGCCAAAAUUCGCGACUGA